GACAUUACUCACCUGAAAUCGAAACAUCUAUCUUCAGACUGUUGGGAAAAGAAGUGCAUCGGGAGCGAGGCGGCGCGCAAAUGACGCAGCAGAGACGUCGUCUUCUUGAACGUGCGUACUGGGCGACGGGCACGUGCACGCAUUUGGGCGAAGACGGGAGCGGCGCUUGUGUUGCUGUUGUUUCCUCCGUCUGCUGCAGAAAGUGAGGAAGAGGGGUAUCUGCAGAAUACCAGCAACAGGAACGACACGACUAAAGUGUGUGUGUGAACUGAACCACCAUGGUUCGGUGGCAGCUCUGCACUCUGGAGCACCUGAUAACGUCCGGGUUUGGUCAUCCUUUUCCACGCCACGGCCUGCAGCUGCUGUUCUGGUUUGCCAACCACUGUGUGACCUGUGAGCUCGAAAACUCCGUGGAAGUCAUGAAGCUGGUGUCAGACUGUCAGCCAGAGACCGGCGUCUACGGCUUCCACCUGUUUGGAAACAUGGAGGAACUGUUACCUGUGCUGCACAAACCAAAGAAGCGCAAGAGGAAGAAACAGUUUACAUACUUUGAGGUUGGUAACCUGAACACAGAGACGUACCCGUCUUCUGCAAACCUGCCGGCGUUUGUGAGAGAAAAUUAUGGCUUUGAUGGUGACUACAGUAUCUCCAACAUGGACCGCAUCAUCAUCAGCUACCAGGCGGGGAGCGGGGUGGUGGAGACGGUGUACGUCACCGAGCACGAUGAUGCCGCCUUCGGCAGGUUUCGACCCGACCGGACUCACAAGGUCAGCUCUGAGCUGGUCCGAGCUCUGCAGAACCCUCAGCUGGACAUCAGCAGCUUCCUCAUUCAGAUGGGUUACUAUGGAAACGCAGAGGUUUUUGAGGAUGCAGCGGAGAUGUAUGACUCAGACCCUGCCACACAGCUAAUAUGUAGCAUGAUGCAAAAUGAUCACCUGGGAUUCUUCUCAGAGGCCUUCAGCCAACAUCUGGGCAUGAACUUUGACCCCUUCGGCUCUGACCAGCAUGCACAGCACGGCUUUAACACAAACUCACACAGUAGUGGGCCGGUGGUCAGCUACGGGAACGUGAAACGGAAAAACAAGAAGCCUAAAGCCGUUAAGAAACCACGAGCCCCGCGGGAAUUUUACUGGGAUUACAGCUGGAGGCCGUACAAAGCUUAUGAUGAGGAGGAGGACAAGAAGAGGCGUGGAGGUGGAGGAUUCAGCUUUCUGAAGCUCCUCCUUGGUGCUGGAGCUCUGUACGUGGCAGCCAAAUGCAUCAGCUGGUGGUUCAGGAAUCUCUGGAACCAGGACUGGAACCAGGACUGGAACCAAACCAUCCUGCAUCUGAUGCCACGGAGGACUCCGAGUUAUCCACGUACACACAUCAUGCUGGAUUAUGUGUACUAGACGCCAUGCUGAAAUCAGCGGAUUCUGCUCGGAGAUGAAGAUCCUACAAUGAACUUUUCAUACUGGAAGAAAAAAAAGAAUUAUGAUUUUAAUCUAGAUUUUUAUUUUUAUAUUUUAACUGAACUGAAUGGAAUCAUUUUAACGUCUAACAGUGGCUGCUGACUUGUUUUCUGACUGAAACUUUAGUUAUAAAAUAUUCUGAUAUUAGAUCAAUUUCAAUGAUAACAAAAGCAGUAAAGUCGAUGUGUCUGGUGUAAUUCAAGGCCACAAUGUCACAUAAGUCACAUGUUCUACAGUUUUACAGACUCAAAGUCCAGAAUAAAAGCAGGACAUUUAAUACAUGCACUAAAGUUGCUUCUUUGUCCCCCACAAAGAAGCACCUAUACCAGUGUCUCUAAGUCAGGACUGUACUGGUCCCUGUACUGGUCCCUGUACUGUACCGGUCUCUGUACUGUACUGGUACUUGUACUGUACCGGUCCCAAAAUAAUUACAUUUUAUGAGACAUUCAUGAAAACAUAAAUCUGCAUUCAUCUUCCUAAAAGAGCCUGGAAAGAACGACUCCUGCAGCCAUGAACUCGUCCAUCUCUCAUGAUGUCCUCAUGUGCUUCCCUGUCUGUAGAAAGCUUCAUGUUCCCUCUAAAUAAAGACGUCUUCAGUUCGUCUGCACAUGCACUAAGCCUGCCACGGAGAACGUUGGCUCCUGUGGUUCAUUCAGCACUUAACUGUAACACUGUUAUUCUAUAAUGAAAUGUAAUAAAUUUAA